AAGCAAUUUGGGUCCUGCUUGAAACAGUUACAUAUAUACCAGAAAUUGCUCCGGGAAUCGGGGCACAUUGCCAGGUCGCAGCGUCUCCGAGCGUCUCCGACUUGUUCAGCCAAUGUCCAAUAUGGAGAUCCGGAUCGAUGCCGUCGAAGGGCAAGCGACUCCAAAAGACACCUUUGUCUCUAUGCGCAUCGGCGACUACCAAAAGCAAUCCCGUUUUGGGUCUGCCAAAACCUAUCGCUUUCCUCAGAUUGAGGAUCAGCAUCGCUUUGCACGGAUCGAGGUCUUUCAUCGUAUUGGCCAUUUGACUGUGAAUCUGGACAACAUUGCCAAUCAAGCCGUAGAGGUGCCGGUGGAGCAUCCUGAGGUCAAAUUGUUGCCUAUGAAGUUGGCCGUGGUCAGUGACACUGUCGAAGCCAAGACCGAGCAGAAAGAGAAACAGCAGAAGGUGAAGAACAAAGUUGAUGCAGCUCAGAAGUACCUAGCUGAGCAUCACGUCGAAGAAGUCAUAGCUGACGCCAUUAGAGAGGUCAUCCACGAGAUGCCAAGCGAUCCACACAGUUUUCUUGCUGCUCUGAUUUUGAAACAAGCAGCAAACAAGCAAGAGGAGCUUCUGGUGUCAAACGAUGGCAAAGUCAUUGUGAGUGAUUUUGUGGAUCAAUCAGCCCCAAAGCUUGUAAAGCCACCAACAGUCAAGGCAGCUAUUCCUCAAGAGCCUCAGCUCCUUCCGUUCAGGGAGUACUACGCCUCCCAUGUGCGCUCCCUUGCGCCCAGUGAUCUGGAGAAUCUGUACGCGAAGUUCCCUGGGCAGCCAAAACCAGUGGCUAAACCAGCGGCUGAGUCUUCGCAAGCGAGUGUACCGUUUGCCAUGCGCCCCUCAGUGGGCACCUGGUUGAACAAGGCUCCGAUGAAGGAAGCUUUGCCUGUUUCUAAACCAGCGGCUGAGUCUUCGCAAGCGAGUGUACCGUUUGCCAUGCGCCCCUCAGUGGGCACCUGGUUGAACAAAGCCCCCAAGAAGGGAAGUGUGGAACCAGUGUCCACCUCCAAGCCUUCUCCGUCCAUUGACGCGCCAUUCAGGGACUACUAUGCCGCACAUGUGCACUCCCCUCCAGACCUGCAGACUUUGUACGCGAAGUUCCCUGCUCCAAGCCCGCCCAAAGUGCCGCAGAAGCCAACAGAAUCUCAGGCAAAGCCCAUGAAAGAAAUUCCGGUUUCUCAAGCUCCAGAAAUGCUUCCUUUCAGGGAGUACUACGCCUCCCAUGUGCGCUCCCUUGCGCCCAGUGAUCUGGAGAAUCUGUACGCGAAGUUCCCUGGGCAGCCAAAACCAGUGGCUAAACCAGCGGCUGAGUCUUCGCAAGCGAGUGUACCGUUUGCCAUGCGCCCCUCAGUGGGCACCUGGUUGAACAAAGCCCCCAAGAAGGGAAGUGCGGAACCAGUGUCCACCUCCAAGCCUUCUCCGUCCAUUGACGCGCCAUUCAGGGACUACUAUGCCGCACAUGUGCACUCCCCUCCAGACCUGCAGGCAUUGUACAAGAAGUUCCCAGCUGCACCCAAGCCGGCUUCAACAUCCCCAGUGCCAGUGCCUGCAUCGGUCCCCGUGCCACCAACGAUGUUUCAGCACAAGCCUUCCGUGGCCACCUGGCUGAGCCCAGUGAUCCCAAAGGCCAACGCGGCGUGGCACUUAAGUUGCGACAAGAGACUGAACAUGGUUUCUCGCUGCUACGAAUGCCAUGCUUUCGUCCGUUUCCAUUGGGAUUUGAAUGUAUGGAAGUUAUGGUGAUGUCGCGUUUGGUUGGGGAGAAGCCUAUAAUUUGUGUUUUGAAGAUUUUUGAAGGGUGUUUCCUGCAACUGUGGUGGAGGUGGAAGGGGAUGUGCCAGUGGUGCAUCAAAAAGACACAUUUAAGCAGCAUAGACCCCAGAGAGCAACCUGAGACAAAAUCCAAUGAGAAGCAAACCCAGAGAAGUGGGGAGACAAGUUUCAGAGACAAGGCAGCAGCGGCAAACAAAACGUCGAUC